AUGGGAAAUGACAUACACCCCGUAAGAGAAGUUACUUACGGUGCUAUAUCAGGUGUUAUGGGUAAAUUGAUAGAGUUUCCUUUUGAUACCAUAAAAGUGAGGUUGCAAUCAUCAUCAAAUUUUUCAGAUCUCUCUACUUGGCAAACCAUAAAGCGGACCUACUCUAAUGAAGGGAUAGUAAAUGGUUUCUACAGAGGUUUGAAAGCACCCUUACUUGGAGCCUGCUUAGAAAACGCAGUGCUAUUCUUCUCAUAUAACUAUGCAACUGCUUUACAAUUGAGAAUGAAACAUCAGUCUAGUCCCGACUCGUUGUCGUUAGCGUCUAAGUGCUUGAGUGGUGGAUUUUCAGGAUUCAUGGCAUCUUUUGUCUUGACCCCUGUAGAAUUGGUUAAAUGCAAUUUGCAAGUUGCUAAUCUUAGUGUCAAAGAAACACACUCUUAUGGAUCAGUGGUUAAGCAGAUUGUUAAUAAUCAUGGAAUUGCAGGUUUAUGGAAAGGGCUUUCGAGUACUUUACUAAGAGAAGUUGGAGGAACAGCAAUUUGGUUCGGCACUUAUGAAUUUCUGAUAGGCCAGUUCAAGAAACGGAACCAAUUAAACGAUUGGACUCUAUUGGUAAGUGGAGCUCUCGCUGGUGUAUGUUUCAACUUCUCGACCUUCCCUUUUGAUACUAUAAAAUCAAAUAUUCAAACUAAUCAUGUCUUGAAAAAAAAUCACAGUGGUUUUUGGAAGACUGCUGCUCACUUAAUGGCUAAGAAGGGUGGUGCAAUUAAUUUCUACAAUGGUCUAAGUAUAACGUUGAUAAGAGCCAUUCCGGCAAACGCAUUGAUUUUUUAUUCGUAUGAACUAUUAAAACGAAACUUUAAGUAA